GGGUGAUCUAUUUUCCUAGGCUUGAGUAUGUAAUGUACUAUUUCUAUCAUAACGGCCGUAACGCUGCCUUACGGACUUACGGUAUACUAAAUUUUGCCAACUAAGUAACCUCGAUUUCAGUAGUGGGGAGCACGAGCAUAAGUGAGGAUUUGGGCGGAGUGGGGGUAUACGGCCGAGGUUACUCCUUUGGCAAGAAGCACUUUAUGAUUGUGUACUACAGCUGUUUUCAUUAUUACAUUAGGUUCUAGUUCAAAUAAGACAACUGUCGGAAUAAUCGGAGCAAAAUCGAAAUGGGUAAAGAUGUUGAAUUAUUGAAUGGAGUUAGUAAAUUAUUCACUGAGAGUCUCCUGGAGGAAGUGUUGGCAAAGAAAUGGGGGGAGAAGGAUGUCAAGGUGACAGGAUGGGACUUUGGCGAGGCAUCCGCGAAGGGGGAUAGCUAUCUGUCAGAAGUGGACCGGGUGACUAUCGAAGGAAACGUUAAAGGGAAGACUACCCAACUCAAGGUCGUUGUUAAAUCCUUGCCAGGAAAUUUGGGGAGGAGAGAGACGUAUAGGAGCACUGUGUUCUUUAGAAAUGAGAUCCUUUUUUACACCCAGAUCGUCCCAGAGUUCAAAAAGUUCCUUGCGUCAAAAAAACAACAGCAUCUACUCCUUGUGCCGGAUUGUUUAGCUUACGUUUUAGACGGUGAAAAUGACUUCAUCGUUUUGGAGGAUGUCAGUGUUUACGGAUUCGGUCCAGCAUCGCGUCAGAGUACAUUGAGUUUAGAAGAAUGUCAAAUUAUUUUGAAAGCGAUGGCAAGAUUCCAUGGAGUCUCAUUCGCUCACAAAGAUCAAUACGAAAAAGAGUUUCACAAGAUCGCCGACCAGCUGGAGGAAACUUAUUUUAGUGAAAAGUGGAAGGAUUGGUACGAGAGAUUUCAGGGACUUAUCGUGACUAUCGCAAAAGACGCAAUAUCCGUAGAGUAUCCGGGCACACAUCAACAAAAGAAAUUCUGUGAUUUAGAUGGAAAGGAAUUAUGGAAGAAAAGUGUGGAAUUAUGUUCUCGUUCCAAGACUCCCACCUCAGUGGUGAACCAGGGCGACGCUUGGGCUCCAAAUUUCUUGAUACGCGUAACUCCCAAUGGAGAAAACGAGACACUCCUUCUCGAUUUCCAACUUGCCAGAUGUGCCAGCCCCAUCACUGAUUUGUCAUUCUUCAUAUACACUUGCACGGAUCAGAAAAUGCGAGAUAAAAACUUUAAUUUCCUAAUGCAAUUCUAUCAUGAAGAGAUAUCUAAGACUAUUUCCGUACUUGGGUCUAAUGCUGACAAAGUUUAUCCUUGGGAGUCAUUUCUUAAGGAGGUGAAAGAACAAUUCGUCCAUGGUCUAGGUUUUUGCUUAGAAUCCAUUCCACUCAGUAUGUUGGAUGACACGGAAGCAUUUGACCUAGACGUAAUCAAAGGUGAUAAAGCAGUCAACAUAGCAGAUGUGUGGACAUUGAAACCUAUAAAAGAAGCAGCCAAACGCCGACGUCUUGCCGACGCAAUUGUGGAUGCAAUAGACCGCGGUUUCCUGUGAUCAACGCUAAAUUUUUUAUCGUAACAGUAUUAUCCAUAAGCCAUGAAAAUGUAUAAUAAAAUUUUUCAAAUUUAUAAAAUGAAUUCGUUGAAAUAUAAACGAUUUAUAUUCAAUAA